AUGACGGUUCUGGCCGCUCACGUGCCGACCCGUGCGGCCCGUCCUUCCGCCUGCCUGCAGGCCGCCACCGCUGGCAGCAUCACCUAUGAUCAGCUUCAGAGCAUGACAUACAAGGAGGUGAAGGGGUCGGGGCUGGCCAACCAGUGCCCAAUUCUGGGCCCCUCUGCCGACGACGGCCUGGCCAACAUGCCACCCGGCAGCUACCGCAUGGACAUGUUCUGCAUGGAGCCCAACAGCUUCCAGGUGCACUGCCGGCUGGCAGUCCCGGUGGGUGGCACCAGGUUCGAACCUUCCACCCUGCUCACCCGCAACACCUACUCUCUAGACCAGGCAAGCCCGCCAUGCUGUUGGAGGAUGACCGGGACUGUCAGCGUGGCCAAGGACGGCACGGUCACGCUGGCUGAGGAGGAUGGCUUCGACUUCCAGCCCGUCACAGUGAAGGCGAGUUGUGCCUGGCUGCUCUCCGUGCCUUUCUAUUGCAACAAGGGCCCCUGGGACGGCUUCACCGGCCAGUUUGAUGUGAAUGCCUACCGCGGCGCCACCUUCAUGGACCCCGUGGGCCGCGGUGGAUCCACUGGAUGGGACUAUCAAAAAGGACUUCAGGCUGCCGGCAACCAGACCGAGCUGGACCGCGAGAACUUCAAGCGCGCCGACCCCACCCGCGGCGAGGCCCUGUUUGCCAUCUCCCGCGCUGAUCCCGCCACGGGCGAGGUGGGCGGCGUGUUUGUGACCCGCCAGUUCGGCUCCGACGACAUGGGCUCCAAAGACCCGCCGGAGGUCCAGAUUGAGGGCACUUGGUAUGCCCAGCUCAGCAGCUGA